UUUUAUACCCUCUUGUCCCCAUUUCCAACAUCCUUAUCUUUCACCCGCUUUGUCAUUAUUUGUUCUCUUCUUGUGCCAAGAUUUUAAAAGGUUUAUAAAUAAAACCCAAAUCAAGCCUUUUCACCGUAUUGUUUUUUCAUCUUAUAUAUUUGGUUGUUAGAUUUGAUUAUAUAUGAUAAGAAGAAACAGAACUUGAAGCCCCCAAUAAGUCACAAAGAAAUAUAGGAAACAAUGGGGAAUACUCUAGGUGGAAAAAAGACAACAAAGGUGAUGAAAAUCGAUGGACAAACAAUGAAAUUCAAGACACCUUUGUAUGCAAACGAGGUUCUAAAAAAUUAUCCUACUAUGGUAUUAUUAGAAUCCGAAGCAGUGAAGCAUUUUGGGGUCAGAGCAAAACCAUUGGAACCACAGCAAGAGUUGAAACCCAAAAGGCUCUAUUUCCUAGUUGAGUUACCUAAGUAUCCCGAAGAGAAACCCCCGAGGAGAGUCCGUUCAGGAAUCCAAAUGAGCGCAAAAGAUCGGCUCGAAACCCUAAUGUUAGCUCGGAGAUCUGUGUCUGACUUGUCAAUCUUGAAGCCUCCCAGUAUUAUUACAGAAGAGUCGUCGUAUCAUAAUAAUUCAUCUCCACGUAAGGCGGAGAUAGGUGGUUCCGUUAGGGUAAAGUUGAGGCUGCCUAAAGCUGAGGUGGAGAAACUGAUGACGCAGUGCAAAGAUGAAGGAGAUGUUGCUGAGAAAAUUAUGCAACUUUGCAUGAGCAAAAAUGGUGGAAGUGGUCCAUUGAUGGAAGAGCAAAGUUAUAAUAAUGGAGGAAUAAUUAAGAAAGGACUCAAAUCAAGAGAGAAACGUGUAGGGUUCUUGCCGAUAACAGAAGGAGAAAUUCAAUUAGCAAUGACGGCUUCUUAACUAGAAAUGGGAACAAAAUAGUAAUUCGUUUUAUAUAUAGCUUCUCUAGUUUAUUUUGUAUGAUGUUGGCUCGAGUCGAGCCCUCGAGCUUAAAUGGAGAAGUGAAAAUUUAUAUUGCCGAUCUCGAUUUAUGUGAGCUUUGAGGCAUAGUUAUUGUUGUUGUAUAGCUUCUCUGGUCAUGUAGUGGUCUCCGAAUUCACUGGCAGACUUCUCAGCUACUUAUUAGUACUAAUCAUGUAUUAGUCAUUUUGUAUAAUAAAAUUAAGAAGCUGAGGAUGAGAUUAUUUGCCCUGUUGUGAUUUUUAUGUGAGAUGGCUUUGAAGAUAUACUUGUAGCAGUUAAGGACUAA